UUUCACAGCCCAUAUUAGCACAGACGGCUGUACAAACUACGCUUAGCUAGCAGACAGUCUGUCAGUCGUAAUUAAAAAGCGCUUUGCUGUAAUUCUACUUUAAACUAGCAUUGCUUCAUUUGCAUAUUUAUAUUUUUAGUGACCCGCGCGAGGCAAGCUGUAAUGGUUACAUUUCAAUGGAGACUCUGCCAAAAACACUCGCAGCUGAUACUACGCGGGAAACGGAGCCCUACCCACCACCAACCAGUGGACCAGUGCCUUACAGUCUGUCCCUGUCAUCCUAUAAAGACUAUCCAGCUCACCGUCCUUUUAUCAACACACUUGUGCAUCACACACCCCAAACACGCACUCAUCAAUCAUAUAUUUCAUCAUCACCCACCAAAGCCUUCCCUGAGACCAACAGUGCGGUGAUCUUAUCUGCCUUGAAGAACCUCCAAGAAAAGAUCAGAAGGUUGGAGAUGGAAAAAGGACAUGCAGAGCAGGGGCUGCGUACACUGGAAAAAGAUGCAUCACACACAUUUCUGCAGAAUGAGGAUGUUACACGGAGACUCUUAAAUAAUCCGACGGACCCAGAAAGACAAAUAAGUGGGCGGUCCAACUGCAACCAAGUGCUGAUCAGCCACCUCGCUGCUGCAGAGUCUCGCUGUGUGAAACUGGAGCAACAGCUGGAUCACAUGAGGAGGAUGCUGCGCAGUGCCAGGACAGAGAGGACCAGCCUGCUCAAACAGCAGGCUGUCCUGCAGAAAGCCAGAUCAGCUGAUCAGCAGUCUGACACAGCAUCUCAACCUGCUCAGCUGGAGAAGCUUGAGCGACUUGAGCAGGAGUAUCUCAGACUGACACAUACACAGAACAUUUCUGAGAUGAAGAUCUGCGAGUUGGAGAUGAAACUACAGGAAGAAGAGCACCAGAGAAAGCUCAUCCAGGACAAGGCCAACCAGCUACAAACAGGGUUGGAGGCCAAUAGGAUCCUGCUGCAGUCUGUGUCACCGUGCCUGUCCACCAAACAACCCAAAGAGAAGAAAUCCGAUACAAAGAAAUCACCAUCACACAAAUUUUCCUACACAGAGCCACACUAUAGACUGAGCCUCAGAGAUGUACCCUUUGUUGCUGGAAUGUCAGUAGGCUGCAGCCACUCAGUCAGAGCCAACGUCCAGUCAGUUUUGUCUCUCCUGAAGCAACACCAGCCCCACCUCUGCAACAGUCGCGUCCUCUCAUGCAACACAAACGUCUCCGACACAGGUAGCCACAGGGUUUCGGACAGUUCCUCAUCUGUCUCUUCAGGUAGCGGGGACGAAUUAUCAGAGUUGCUGCAAGCCCUUCAGGAGGAGCUGCGACUCAUGAGCUUGGAACAUGAUGAGUUAAUGAGGCAGGUGGAGGAUAGUGUGUCUGAACAGGAAAGAAAGGAACUUCAGAGGGAGCAGGAGAGGCUGUUGUUGAAAAUGGAGAGGAAAGGAGAACAGAUCAGUAAGCUGUACAAACACAAAUCACAGAUAAAGAAGUUAAGAAAAGAAGCAAAUUCCAGGCAGAGCAAUAGGAAUGAAGUGAGAGUGUCUACCACAGUGUCCAGUAGAGGCCACUCCAUGGGAGCAGUCAAAGUUAGACCAGGAGAGAGAAGCAAGAUGAAUCUGAGGCUCCUGAGGGACAUGAAGGCUCUGCAGACCUCAUUACGGACCUGACACUUGUCAGCACUCGAGGUCUCGCUUGUUGGUGCUAUCUACCUACCCUCACCAAUUACUUCACCUUCAAAACAGCCACUGAUUGAAAAACACUAUAUGAACAUGGGCCAGCCUGUAUAUACAAGCAUCUGUUUGAUGAGCAAGCUCAAGAGCAUAUUACCCAAGAUGCUAUGAUAUGUUUUUACUAGAACUUUUGAAAAGACUUAAAAAGAUUUAAGGUGUCCCUACUGGUCAACAUUAGCUGACUUAUUAAAAGCUUUAUUUUUUGAGUAAUUACUCUUCUUGGUGUCUGACAGUGUGUUCUGAAUAUUUUAAAGAAAGACUGGCCUUUGAAUGAUACUUGAUUUAUUAUCAUUUACAAGUAUUAUUAAAGAGAUGGUGAUCUUGGUUCAUGGAGUUUAUUAACCCCAACAUCUGCCGCAAUCAUUUUUUUUAAUACCAGUAGAGGGCAUUGGAGUCCAGCCACUACCUCUGUAUGUAAAAGCUGCAUAUUUUUAUUUUCUGUGUAGUUUUCUAGUCCAUAAUCAUUUCUAGAAAUAGCCUAAAU